UUUUCCGCAAGUAUAGUACCCAGCGCGGUUACGGUCCAGUAAAUUGUGAAUCGAUUGCAUUUGUUUAUCAUAAAUCGCUGACGAAUUUAAAGGGAAGAAAGGCAGCAACACAAAAAAAAACAACAACAAUGUGGACCAUAAAAUAUGCAAUCGUGCUAAUUGUUGUUAUAUGUGAAACAACUGCGCAUCGUUGGAUGGCCUAUCAAGUGCCAACAAAUAACGCUUGCCAAACGCCACUUGGCGAUUGGGGUAUGUGCGUCUCAUUGAAAUACUGCCAGGAAGUCUUGAGAUUGUACGAAAAACUGUCUGUAGAUCAAGCGACCAGAUAUUCGAAGGCGCUACGCAAUAUUUGCUAUAAUCGUGUGACUCACGACAACUACCCGAUUCUUUGCUGCACUCGCCCAGUCUUCGAAGAUACAAAUCAAAAUGAUAAUCAUAUUCUUCCCACUGCAACGAUGCCAACGUCAGCAGAUGAACACCAGCCGACAAUAAAAACUACGACCACAACAACAGUCGCCUCUCAAACAAAUAGCGAUGAUGAACGUUCAGCGUCGGAUGACAAAAACUCGCCACCGGAAACUUGUCGAGUGCCACACGAUGGCAGCGAUGGCACCUGCAAAC